AUGGCUGGCAAGGCCAAGCAUGCAUUUGUCCCUGAGAAGUUGGCAGCUGGGCACAUGCCCACCAGCGCACUGGAAACACUGAUGUCGAAGAGCUCCCCAGAUGCCAAUCCUCUAGCCAUGCUGGCACAGGAGCUGUGCAAAGGUAAUGCAGUUGCCAAAAAGACACACAGAUCACAAAUUGAAAUCAUUCCAUGUAAAAUCUGCGGAGACAAGUCGUCCGGGAUUCAUUAUGGAGUCAUAACCUGUGAAGGCUGCAAGGGUUUCUUCAGAAGAAGCCAACAGAACAGCAUCACCUACACCUGCUCCCGGCAGCAGAACUGCCCCAUCGACCGCACCAGCCGCAACCGGUGUCAACACUGCCGGCUGCACAAGUGCCUUGAGCUGGGCAUGUCUCGGGACGCCGUCAAGUUCGGCCGCAUGUCAAAGAAGCAGAGGGACAGCCUGCACGCUGAGGUACAGAAGCAUCAGAUGCAGCAGGAAGGGGCAGGCAAACCUGAGGCUGCAGCUCAGGCCUACUCUACGGUUGCCUCGGCCCAGGGGCUGGCUAAAGCUGGGCAGGAGGCCUAUUCCUCUGGGCAUGGUCUCGAGGCAGGCAGGCAGAGUGCCGGAGGUCAGGGCUGCAUCCCAUCGGAACCAGGCUCAUCGGCGGUGCAACUGGGGCUACUGGCCAAUGACAUGAAGCACCGGGCCUUCGCACCGCGCCCAGGUGGGGGGGAGUUUGUGACGUGGCCUGGUCUUACCCAAUUCCACAGCCUUCUGCCCACUACCAGGGAGCUGGACCAUGUGAUCCAGAAUAUCGUGAAAUCUCACCGUGAGACACGCCAGUUUGUGCCUGACCAACUACACAAUCUCCGCUGGAAAUUAUUCUCUCAGAGUGAGGUCGAAAACUACCAGAGGAAGUCGGUGGAGGAGAUGUGGCAGAAGUGUGCUUGUUACAUCACCGAUGCCAUCCAGUACGUGGUGGAGUUCGCCAAACGCAUCGCCGGCUUCUUAGAGCUGUGUCAGAAUGACCAGAUCGUGCUUCUCAAGGCGGGCUCCCUGGAGGUGGUGCUCCUGCGGAUGUGUCAGGCUUUUAAUCCCAGCAACAACACCGUCUUCUUCGAAGGAAAGUACGCAGGCCCCGACCUCUUCCGUGCUCUGGGCUGUGAAGAUUUGACCAGCUCAAUCUUCGAGUUCUCACGAAGCAUGUGCUCGCUGCGCCUCUCAGAGCAGGAGCUGGCACUGUUCACUGCCACAGUUCUCAUAUCCUCAGAUCGCUUGUGGCUUCAAGAGAGAUACAAAGUGGAGAGGCUGCAGGCUGAUAUCCAGCUGGCCCUGAAGACUGUCCUGCAGAGGAACCGACAUGACCCCAUCCUGGCCAAGCUGCCAAUGAAAGUGGUCUCCCUGCGAAGCCUGUGUGGGCACCACGCCGAGAAGCUGAGGGACUUCCGACUCGCACACCCUAUGGGUGCCCACUCGCUGUUCCCCCCUCUCUACAAUGAACUCUUCAUCAUGGACUCUGAGCACAGCGCCCCCUACGAUCUGUGACCUUCCAUUGACUCCUCGUCUCGCCCUCUCUCUCUUACACACACAGACACACACAGACACACACACACACACAGACACACACACACACACACACACACACACACACACACACACACACACGCAUUCUCCGGGCAUUUGGUGGUGGGGAGGGUGUAUGGUUUUGAGGGAUAGGGGUAGGGACUACAGUUUCCUUCCAUAUGAGCCACUCCCUCCACCUCCCUUGUUCUCACCUGUGGCUGAAGGACCCAAACCUAUACGUUGCAGGAGAGUGAGCACAAUAGAAUCCUGAGAGAAUGGAAGCAGUCCAUUUGGCCCAUCAAGUCAAUGCUCUUUGGAGAUCAGCAUCUCAACUGGAUCCACCCUCCCCCUACCCUGUCCUGGCCAACCCAAACUAACCUGCACAUCCCCGGGCACUACGGGGCAAUUUAGCACGGCCAAUCCACCCUAACCCGCACAUCCCUGGGCACUACAGGACAAUUUAGCACAGCCAACCCACCCUAACCCGCACAUCCCUGGGCACUACGGGACAAUUUAGCACGGCCAACCCACCCUAACCUGCACAUCCCUGGGCACUACGGGACAAUUUAUCACGGCCAUGCCACCCUAACCCACACAUCCAUGGGCACUACUGGACAAUUUAUCACGGCCAAUCCACCCUAACCCGCACAUCCCUGGGCACUACGGGACAACUUAGCACGGCCGAUCCACCCUAAC